CUUCCUACCACCACUAACUACUAAGUACUAAGCCCACCUCCACUCUGCUGCAGCAUCAUAUAUACUGCAUCAACAGCUCCCUGAUUCUUUGUUUCUUUCUUCUAGCUGCAUCGAAGUCCAAAGUCAAGGGGUCGCUCUCUUUCGAUUGCUUCUUGAAACACACAACCCCCAUAAAAAUAAAAAGCCAAAAGGAAAACAGAAGCGUAAAGCAUUGGCCUUUCAUCAAUCUUAGAUACAUAUCACAAGACCCGUACGACUUGAAGCCUCUCAAAGUGAAUGAAGACCUAACCACUGUGAACUCUUGGUUCUUCAUUUUGUUUCUAUAAAGGCUAUAAAAUUCUUCUCCUUGUUGUUAUUACCAAGCACGGCCUCCCAUUUUUUGCAGGUUUGAUCUUGAUUUCUAUCUUAGAAUGCUCCGAAGAGUACAAAGCGAAAGGGUUGUUGGUUCUUGCGGGGUUUCUUCUCUGUAAAUUGGUUAAUUGCAUGUCCUAAAGGUUACCUUUGCCUGUGAUUACCCUACCUUGACUUGUCAUAGCUGAGCCAAUUCAUUCACUUACUCUCAGAUGCAAGCAUCCCAGGCUUCUCAGACUUCAGAAGCCAUCCACAUGUUGUACCAUCAACCCUUUCAGCAGAUCGAGUCAUAUAACUUGUCCCCUUUCCAGGUAUUGAACAGCAAUGUCUGUGCUGAUAAUAGCAGCCAAGGGGCCCAGGUGUCAUUUCAAGCUUGCAACGAACAAUUUGCCACCUUGGAAUCCUUACCAAUGACUGAUUAUGUUAACAGCGAUUCACCUUCUACUGUGAGCGUCUCAUCUAAUAGAAGUCCUUUCUCACCACAAUGUUCACAGUCCUAUAUGUCAGAUGUCCAUCACUCUUCUGAUAAUACUUAUGGUUCACCAUUAAGUGGGUCCUCUGGUGUUGAUGAUAGCAAUGAAUUGAGGAAUGUGCUGAGAGAAUUGGAGAUCAAAUUAAUGGAAGAGUCUGAAAUUGAUGACAGCAGCUCUUGCUCCGUCAACAAUGUAGUGGGUCAACCUGUUUUCUCAACAAGGGAGAACCGAGUGGUGCAAAUGGCCCAUACCAUGGACUUGAAACAAUUACUUCUUGCCUGUGCUGAAGCAGUAUCAAAUGCUGAGAUUUCCACUGCACAAGGUUUGAUGAAUGAGUUAGAACAGAGGGUUUCAAUCUCUGGGGAUCCUAUUCAGCGAUUAAGUGCAUAUAUGAUGGAAGGGCUUAGAGCACGGUUGUUGUCCUCAGGAAGCAUAAUAUACAAAAAACUGAAAUGCAAAGAACCAACAGGUCCAGAAUUAAUGUCAUAUAUGCAUUUUCUCUAUCAAAUCUGCCCAUACUUCAAGUUUGCCUACAUGUCUGCCAAUGUUGUGAUUGGUGAAGCUAUGGAACAUGAAAACAGAAUACACGUCAUUGAUUUUUGUCUUGCUCAGGGAAGCCAGUGGGUUUCUUUUAUUCAGGCGCUUGCACAUCGUCCUGGUGGACCUCCAUUCAUUCGUGUGACAGGUGUUGAUGACUCCCAGUCUGUUCAUGCCCGAGGCGGAGGACUUGAUGUUGUGGGUCAGAGGUUAGCCAACGUUGCGGCAUCUUGUGGGGUGCCAUUUGAAUUCCAUGGUGCGGCUCUCUCAGGAUGUGAGGUAGAGCUGGAAAAUCUCAAGGUUCGACAUGGAGAAGCUCUGGCUGUUAAUUUUCCUUACAUGCUGCACCACAUGCCUGACGAGAGUGUAAACACAAUGAAUCAUCGAGACCGCUUACUGAGACUAAUAAAGAGCUUGUCACCCAAGGUAGUUACUCUUGUUGAGCAGGAGUCAAACACGAAUACAGCCCCAUUCUAUCAUCGGUUCUGUGAAACGCUGGAGUACUACACAGCUAUGUUUGAGUCGAUAGAUGCUACCCGCCCAAGGAAUGAUAAACAGCGGAUAAGCGCGGAGGAGCAUUGCAUUGCAAGGGACAUUGUCAACAUUGUAGCAUGUGAAGGAGCUGACCGGGUAGAAAGGCACGAACUUUUUGGUAAGUGGAGGUUGAGACUUGCGAUGGCCGGAUUUGUGCCUUGCCCUUUGAGUUUCUCAGUAGGCAAUGCCAUCAGGGACAUGUUGAAGGAGUACAGCUCCAAUUACUGGCUUGUUGACAGGGAUGGUGCACUCUAUCUUGGAUGGAAGAACAGAGCCCUCGCAACUUGUUCCGCUUGGAGAUAGAUCUCACCAGCAAUUGCUGCGUGAAAUGUAUAAAAAUUUUGCCUAUCAAUUCGUGCCACUUUGUACUGCCAUUGUUGCUGUCACUUGUACUUAUUCUCUAGCUAAGACUAGCUAUAUUUCUUUAGGACCUUCCUCUUGAGAGUCGACGACUACUUUGUACAUGUAAACUAGCCAGCAUAGGGAUUAAAACUUGAAAUUGUGAGCUCAGAACCUACACUUCUUGGUAAAGGAAGAGACGUUAGUGUUUCUUUUAAC